AUGGAUCCAAGACUGAUCGCAUCCACUCAAAUCAGAAGCAUCGAAAAAUUGUAUGAGGUUAUACAUGAGAAUCCAUACAUUCUUGAAAUCAUUGAUGCGGUACCUUUCAUCAACACUCCUCUACAUGUAGCUUCUGCUUCUGGAAACCUUCCUUUUGCCAUGGAGUUGAUGAAUCUUAAGCCAUCUUUUGCUAGAAAACUUAACACACACGGGUUAAGUCCAUUGCAUCUUGCUAUAGAGGAAGGUCAUACACGUUUAGUUCUAAGUUUACUCAAGGUUGAUCCUGAUCUUGUUCGUCUCAAAGGAAGAGAAGGUACGACGCCGUUUCAUCAAGUAGUGAGAAGAGGAGAGACUGAUCUUAUGACAGAGUUUCUCUUAGCUUGUCCCGGUUGCAUUAAAGAUGCAAACGUGAAGGGUGAAACCGCUCUACACAUGGCGGUUUCAAACGAUAGAUGUGAAGAGCUCGAAGUACUCUUGGGAUGGGUCCAAAGACUUCGUCAGGUGGAUGCAGAAUCGCUAGAGAUGCAGUUUUUAAACAAACGUGACCAAGAAGGUAACACAGCCUUGCACAUAGCAGCUUAUCAGAACAGAUUCAAAGCAGUGAAGCUACUAGUAAAAUGUUAUGCGGUUAACCGGAACAUCCAUAACCGGACCGGUUUAACCGCUCUAGACAUCUUAGAUAGCCAGAGAGAGCAUCACACAAACAGAAAGAUCGAAAACAUUCUUCGAAAAUCGGGAGGUAAAAGCGGAAAAUCUCUUCCAAAAACCAAGAAAGUGUCGGAAAUAUUGAGAUAUCCGAUUAGUUUCACUGAGCAUUUGUUCACGCAGACAGCGAGGUAUAGGAACCAGACACCAGAAGGAUCAAGAAGCGCGCUUCUAGUGAUAGCCGCACUGAUAAUCACAGCUACUUAUCAAACAGCUUUGCAGCCACCAGGAGGUGUAUACCAAGCAAAUGCAUCAGAUCAUGAAGGUCAUACUAAUAGUAGUAGUAAGAAGAGUGUUGUUGGUACUGUGGUGAUGGACCAGAGAUAUUUCUAUGUGCUUCGGAGUGUGAAUAGUAUGGCUUUCGUUGGAGCCAUUUUCAUGGCGUUUUGUUUGUUACCAGCUGGUGAAGGCUACGUAUGGUCGUUUCUAUGGAUAGCAGUGCCAUUGUAUGUUUCUUACUUGGUCUCGAUGUCGGUUAUAUCUACAGAUACAAUGUGGUUCUUCUCGGUUAGUGCCGGUUCGGUUAUAAUCGUUGUUCUUGCGUACAUGGUUGUGUUUUUCUUGCGGUGGAAACGGUCCAAGAAGAAGAUACCUGGAACAAGAAGCGAGUUGAUUCUUGAAGGUUUUACAAGUUUGGAUAUGGCCAAAGGAGUGGAGUUUGGUCAUCUUCCUCUCUUGCCCGAUUUCUUCUUCUCCGGCGGCGAGAAAGAGCACUCCUUCGCCGUCCUUUUUCUCUUCUCCGUUCUCGUCCGCGAGCGCUCGCCGUGCUUGCAUCUGCUCUCCGCUCUCCUCGUCAUCAUUCGCCGUCUCUUAAGUCGUCCUCUGUUCUCAUCGUCUUUCUUAUCCGCAAAUCACUUGCUCUAG